UUUGUCCCAAUGCUGUGCCGUACCGUCCAGGCGGCGAGUUGCAUUGUGGUUCCGUGGUGUGUCCAGCGUGUGGAGAUUUUUCUCCCGCGUAUUACCACAGUGUCCGCUGCCAUGAACCGCGAGAGCUUCGCGGCGGGCGAGCGGCUGGUGUCGCCGGCUUAUGUGCGGCAGGGCUGUGAGGCCCGCCGCUCGCACGAGCACCUCAUACGGCUGCUUCUGGAGAAGGGCAAGUGUCCAGAGGAUGGUUGGGAUGAAAGUACACUUGAACUCUUUUUACAUGAACUUGCAAUCAUGGAUAGCAACAAUUUCUUGGGCAAUUGUGGUGUGGGAGAAAGGGAAGGGAGAGUGGCGUCUUCAUUAGUUGCUCGUCGUCAUUACAGGUUCAUUCAUGGGAUUGGACGAUCAGGUGAUAUUGCUGCUGUGCAACCAAAAGCUGCAGGCUCUAGCCUUUUGAACAAAAUUACCAAUUCUUUGGUCCUGGACAUCAUAAAGUUGGCUGGUGUCCAUACAGUGGCCAACUGCUUUGUAGUUCCUAUGGCGACUGGUAUGAGUCUAACGCUGUGUUUCUUAACAUUACGACACAAAAGACCAAAGGCAAAAUAUAUUAUAUGGCCACGAAUAGACCAGAAGUCCUGCUUUAAAUCCAUGAUCACUGCAGGUUUUGAGCCUGUGGUGAUAGAGAAUGUUUUAGAAGGUGACGAGCUGCGCACAGACCUGAAAGCAGUGGAGACUAAAGUCCAGGAACUUGGGCCUGAUAAUGUUCUGUGUAUUCAUUCUACUACAUCCUGUUUUGCUCCAAGGGUACCUGAUAGAUUAGAAGAACUGGCUGUGAUUUGUGCUAAUUAUGACGUUCCACAUAUAGUCAACAAUGCUUAUGGAGUGCAGUCUUCAAAGUGUAUGCACCUCAUUCAGCAGGGGGCUCGGGUUGGUAGAAUAGACGCUUUCGUUCAGAGCCUGGACAAAAAUUUUAUGGUUCCAGUAGGUGGUGCUAUAAUUGCUGGCUUUAAUGAUGCCUUCAUUCAGGAAAUCAGCAAGAUGUAUCCAGGAAGAGCUUCAGCUUCACCUUCUUUAGAUAUCCUUAUUACUUUAUUAUCACUUGGAUCAAAUGGUUAUAAGAAGCUAUUAAAAGAAAGAAAGGAAAUGUUUUCAUAUUUGUCUAACCAACUAAAGAAGUUGUCAGAAGCCUACAAUGAGAGACUAUUGCAUACACCUCAUAAUCCUAUAUCUUUAGCUGUGACACUUAAAACACUAGAUGAAUACCAUGACAAAGCUGUCACUCAACUUGGCUCAAUGCUUUUUACCAGACAGGUUUCUGGAGCCAGGGUUGUGCCUCUUGGGUCUGUGCAAACUGUGAGUGGCUACACUUUCAGAGGCUUUAUGUCGCAUACAAAUAAUUACCCCUGUGCUUACCUCAAUGCUGCUUCAGCCAUCGGAAUGAAGAUGCAGGAUGUGGACUUGUUCAUAAAGAGACUUGACAAGUGUUUAAAGACAGUAAGAAAAGUACAAAAUAAAGAUAGUGAUGUAUCUGGAGUUGACAAUUAUGACCAAACUGAAGAUGUGGCUAUUGAAGAAAUGGCUUUAAAACUAGAUAAUGUACUUCUUGACACAUACAAGGAUGCUUCUUCAUGACGUGUGAAGGGUUUCUUCUUGAUCAUUUGAAAGAAAUGAUGAGGCUAUAGUACAAGCAAGCAGUUUUUAAAAUCGUGUGGUGAAUAGUCAAGGAAUAGACCGUGGUCUGACCUAGCUAUUGAUGAUUGUUAACAUUUUUUAUUCUUAGACUGCCUCAAUCCUUAUGAUCCUUAACAGGUUAUAAUAUACAAUUAGCAUUUUUCUAAUUGUUAGAAUAUUUGUCAAUUAAGCAUCAUGAUUCAGAUAAUUCUUACUAUUAAAUAAUAUAAUGACAGUAAAAUUACCUCUGAUUCUCUUG